CUGCGGGAGGAGAUGGGCAGGGCAGAGCAGAACAGGGCAGCGAGGAGGCCGAGGCAGCGGCAGAAAGACGGCCGCAGGGAUCACUCCCCUCAGCACGCGGCUCUGAGGCCCGCGCCCGCCUGCAGAGAGCUGCCAGCAGCCAUAGCCGCGCCGCCUGCUGCGCUCCGGCGGCCGCAAAGGCUGAGCGCGGCCGAGCGUUUGGAAGCGGGACUCAGCAGCAACAGACAGGAGCCGGGGCGAGGCGAAGAGAGAAGCAAGAAGCUCUACAGCCCGCACUGCCCGCUCCGCCAGCCCUGCGCCUGCGCUGGGCGCACAGCUAUGACGUCACAGGGCAGCUCGAAGGCCCUUCCCCAUCUUGGUCGUCUGCAACAGUGCCUGAACGAAAUCGUGGAGCUGAGAGCCAGUCUCGAAGCUUUUCCAGCCUCUGGGUGUCUCUUCAAAACGCUAUAUCCUUCCAUGGGGCUUCUUCGCUUUUUCUUCGCCCCACAGCCGCUCGGCGGAGAGCAAACACUGCUUCGGACAGCCCAAUGUGCGGAGGUAUUCCCCCCCCUAGCCCUUCAGGCCUGGGUGGGGCUGUCACGUGGCUGCCAUGGCAACGCGGCCCGCCCUGCCGCCAUGAGGCGGAAGCAAGCGGCGGAGCCGCGGCUGGUGAUGGCUGGUGCCGUGCUGGCGCUGCUCGGCCUCCUCUGGGGCUCGCAGAUGUUAAAAGCAUUUGAUUACUUCUCUUCUUGGAAGGGAGAUGGAGAGCAACAAAUGUACAAGUUGGACAUAAGCUGGCCUAAAAUUCCAGAGUACUUCAGUGGCCAAACAUUUUGUGUUGCUGUUGAUUCUCUUCACGGUUUGGUCUAUGUGGGACAGAGGGGAGAUGAUGUACCAAAGGUGCUUGUGUUCUCAGAGGAAGGCUAUUUUCUUUACUCCUGGAAUGAUACAGUUGAAAUGCCUCAUGGUAUCUUCGUAUCGAACACUGCAACAGAUAGUUCAGUAUGGAUCACAGAUGUCGGAUCAGGCAAAUAUGGGCACACUGUGAAACAGUACAGCCCUUCUGGUAAACUUCUGCAGGUGUUGGGCACGCCAGGUAACGCUGGUUCAAGUUUGAAUCCCCUACAAUUUGAUCAGCCAGCAGAGGUCUUUGUAGAGGAGAGUGGAGAGAUGUACGUUGUGGAUGGAGAUGGAGGAAUGAAUAACAGACUGCUCAAACUUUCCGAAGAUUAUAAAGAGAUAUGGCUGAGUGGAGAAAAUGGAACCGGUAUUGGCCAAUUCAAGAUCCCUCACAGUGUGACAGUGGACCCUUUUGGACGGGUUUGGGUUGCAGACAGAGACAACAGAAGAAUCCAGGUUUUUGAUAAAGUGACAGGGGAAUGGCUGGGGGCUUGGAGCAGCUGCUUUUCAGAAGAUGGACCCUAUUCUGUCAGAUUUACUGGCAAUUACAAGUAUCUGAUUGUAGCCCACCUGAAUACCAACCGUUUGGCAAUCUUGGCAGCACCACCAGUUGGCGAAAUUGGGGACUGUGCUAUAGUCAGCACAAUCCAGCUGGCAGAUGAAACCAAGCCACACCUUGUAGAUGUUGAUGUGAAGAGUGGAGCAAUCUAUAUCGCAGAAAUUGGAGCCCAGCAAGUGCAAAGAUUUGUACCCUUAAGUUGAUGGUUUCCCACAACUACUGUGGCACAAGCUGUAUGACAUGUAAGAGCUGUGAUCAUAUUUCCUUGAGUUUUCUGUAGCUUGUGUUUCCUUAACACAGAACAUUGUGCUCAGAACUCUAGGGAGAAGAAUUUGUUCUAGCUGCAGUUCUGGAGAAGUAUUUGGUCUUGUGCUGUUAAUUUGAGUAAUGCAAUGAUGGCUUUUCCUUUUGUUUCUGGAAAGAGGAAGAUAAGUGUCUUUAUUUUAUACAAUUUUGUAAACACUGAAAAAUUUAUUAAUCGGUGUACAGAGCUUCAUGUUGGGGCUCAAAUACUUGGCCUGUUGUGUAUGUUGUUAAAUGAAGGCCAGAACUGAUCUGAGGGAAGUAUAUAAAUGAUUGAUUUUCUGCUAGUCAAGCACCUCAUUAUAACAUUUCUUUAGUUGUUGGGUUGUUUUUGGAUGUUUUUUUUUUUUUUGUCUUU